AUGCCGAUGGGCUACGUCGUCUCCUUCGCCAAGUUCCACCGCCACAGGCUCGGAUACCCUCCGAGCCGCUUCAUGAGGGCGCUCUGCCUCCACUACGGUGUCGAGCUCCAUCACUUUUCCCCCAAUGCUAUCACCGCUGCGGCAAUCUUUGCCGCGGGGACGAUCGACGCCCGGUCCUCUAAGCCUUUGGUGAAGGAGGAUGACGUUGAGCAUGAGAAAAGGCACGCCUCCACGGAGAAGCAUAAAUCUGCAAAGGACGCAGAGAAGAAGGAGAAGAGGAAGAACCUCGAGCGUCAGGCGCUCGAGGAACGACAAUCCAAACAGAGGUUGAAGAGGCAGUUGGAGCAGGCCCAGCCCUCGAUGGCUAAGAGGCUCAAGGUGGGGGUGAGCUCCAAGGCUCCGGGUGGUGACAAGACCCCGCCACGCCCGUCGGAGGGCGUCUCACCGCCCCCUAGACAGGGCGGGACGCCUUGCUCCCAAAGUCAGGAGGGAGCCCCCAAGCCGCCCAAGUCGGGGGGAGAGGGUGACCCCAUCACUAUUAGUGAUGAGUUCGAGGAUGGCCCGCGCUCGACAGGCGCUCGUGUAACGGACAAGGGGGUCAAGACCCCUCAGGUUAGGGGACGGACGCCAUGGCCCAUUGGGCUCCAUUCCAUUGAGGAAGAGAAGAAGAGGAAGAACGAGGAGGAGCAACAGAAGAGGAGGGAAGAGGAAAAGAAGAAAGAGGAGGAAGAGGGGAGCAACGUCAUCUACUAG